AUGAUUUCGCUUCAAACGAUCUCUCAACUCCUCCAAAGCAACUCCAGUUUCAUUGGUUACUGCACCAAAGAGGAAGAGGUCAAGAUUGGAAAUGAUGAGGAUGAAGAUGAGAAUAUCGAUCCUUAUGGUGGUUUGUCCGAUGAUGAACAGAAGAAAAUUCUUUGUUGGAGUUACUGCAAAAAUAUGGUGGAUAUUGAUGUUACAUUCCAAGAGUUGAAGGAAACUGACAUUGGGAAGAAGAAGAGAGAUUCCGUUUCAUUUGAGUUUGUGUGGGAAUUUGAAGUAGGAGGAAGAUCUUAA